AUGAUACGAGGUGCAGUGCGAGUUGGAGUUUUGUCAUGGCUUUGCUUUUUUCUUCUUGUGGUGAGUGUGGUGGUGGGUAGAGAUGUGGUGGGGCAUGAUGACGAGGAGAAGUUUCUGGGUAUUGGUAACGGAGGUGGUGGUGGAGGAAUCGGAAAAGGUGGUGGGGUUGGUGGAGGUGCUGGUGGUGGAAUAGGAGGUGGCUCUGGUGGUGGAGUCGGCGGAGGAUUCGGCAAAGGUGGCGGAAUUGGUGGAGGUAUAGGAGGAGGUGCUGGCGGUGGGUUUGGUGGAGGAGCAGGUGGGGGUGGAGGCGGUGGAUUUGGUGGCGGAGGUGGUGGAUUUGGUGGCGGAGGUGGUGGUGGAAUUGGACAUCCCUGAAAACGUUGCAUGAAAAUAGACAGACAUACAAGAAUGCAUCUGUGCAGAAGUAACGAGAGUCUAAUGACACUACUAUCCUAUUCCUAUAUUAAUUCCCAUCGUUAGUACGUGGAAAAUUUUUCACGUUUGUUUUAGCUAAAUCUCUCCCUACCUAUUCUCAUAUGUGUUCACUUAUUCUGCUUUAGAUGUUUGUCCCCAUCCCCAAUUUACUAUAAAUACAAAUAUUUCUAUUCCUUAAUAUCUUUGCUUGCAACAUCUGUCAUUCAUCGUUCGGUUCAUUUGAUUCAAUUAAUAAA